CAUGUGAUCGGUGGGGAGUAGCUUGCACAGUGUUAAUGUGCACACCAAACGCAAGUCUUCGCCAAUAACACUUGGAUGGUAGUCAAGAUCUCAUCAUGUCUCUAGAGAAACGCUUCAUUUAGAGACUUAGACCCUUCGAUAUCUCGAACGCAAUCGAAAACUCUAGUUGUACAACCAAAUAAUAUAUCAGGGGACUGUCAGCCUCACGACACCGUGAAAGCCUUCUGCGUUGAGUGGUGGAUCCUCUUCGCUGGACGUGUGUCUCUCGGAGCCGCUCAUACAGCGGCUCCUACCCGCCAAGGCAUUCUUAUAUUCUCCUCUUGUCCUUACUCUCGAGCGGAGAAUCCAGCCAAGACCGUCUCUGAACUUGCAGGAGCGAAGACAAUGAACAGUCAGCAACCUGUGCAAGCAUCCUGCGUCACAGUUCGAUCUCUGCCAUAACCAUGGUGGCGAGCCCUUCAAAGCGCCGGAAUACCGGCGCCUCUCAACAGCAUCAGUCAAAUCAAGCUACUUUCGAUAUGAAUUCUACAAAAUCUCCCCCGGCGCAAUUGCCUUUCGGCUAUGCAUUUCAAGACUCUCAUCAGAUCCCUUAUCCUUCACCUCCCGCACCUGCGCCAGGCCCUGCACUGCUCGAUGACAGCGAGUCCCAUAUGUUGGAUAGCUUUUUUGACACGCUUGGCUCGUCAGGUUUCGAGGGCAGUGACUUCUUUCUGGAGCGGCCAUUUCUAGACAAGACCGGCGAGCCACUUAAUUCUAGCUGGUUCAAUGAGCUUCCUCCUACCUUUCACGGGACCACGACCUCUCUUCAACAACCUCUUGCAACGCCUGCUUAUGCGAAUAAUGAUCAUUUGAACUUUCUGCAGGACAAUUCUCAUAAUGAUACCUCUGCUGAUGUUCUCGCUGCUGCUUCUACUCUCUUUAAUAACGGACAAGCAACGCAAACAGACGAAUCAUCCAAUCAAUCUCUCUUUCCUCCGCACGCUGUGGACGCCAUCUUUCGAGGUGCUCGCGAGGACUUUUCUUCGUCGAGAAGGGCUUCUGUUCCAGUGUACCAAAAGGACUCUACUGGCUCCAUGCCAAAAUAUUCGCCAGUUCCUCGCCAGUCACAGAAUUUACCUCCUGGAAUUCCCCAGACUCGACAUGGCAGCAUCUCAUAUAAUCGCAAUCAUGCUGGUCCCUCUUCGUCUUCUCUUUACAAUGCUCACAUGACAAAGACUGGUGAACUCCGUUGGGGCUCCGAUGUUAGCUUCCUGGCGCAUGGUUACGUUGCUCCACCAAAUCAAGAAACAGAAGAGGAAGUAACAAAGGAUUUGAUGCACAAAAUGGAAUGCUUAGAGCCUCAAAUGAGCGCCAAUAGUACUGCGCCGCCAAGUCCCUCGCUUCAAAGGCAAAAGACGAAACAGGAAGAUAAUUUUACCGCCAAAACGAGACCGAAACCUAGCCAGGAAGCUGGCGUGGAUGUCGAAGAGGGGCCGAAAGCGAAGAAGCGGAGGAAGAGCAAAGCGAAAAUCGAAGACAGAGGUGAUCAAGAGUCAGUCACUGUCGCAAAAUCAAAGAAGGGGAAAUCGGUCGCAAACGAAAGUCGCGUCCAAAAUCCUAAACCGCCAGCUAUGUCGGCUUCACCAGAGCGGCGCGAAUCGCCGACCAACGGGCAGAAGCAACCCCGUGAGAACCUCAGCGAGGAACAAAAGCGCUCCAACCAUAUCCUUUCCGAGCAGAAGCGACGAAAUCUAAUCAAGCAAGGAUUUGAGGAUCUCUGCGAGCUGGUCCCUGAACUAAACGGAGGCGGGUUCAGCAAAAGUGCGAUGCUCGUGCAAGCUGCUGACUGGCUUGAAAACAUGCUCAAAGGAAAUGAGAUGCUCAAGUCACAGCUGACUGCACUUGAAGGAAGAGCUAGAAGAUGAACCUGAGAGAGCGUCUGCCGCUUUCUCCCUUUUGGUUUUCAAUAAUGUCGUCUCUCAUUGUCUUCAAAGAAUGUCGCACUUGGCUUGGAGUUUCGGAUUUGCUAGCAUUAUCUUGGAUUGGGUUACCAAGGUGGCGUCGUUUGUGUCGAAGAUGGUUUGUAUAUUUAUAUCACCUCUAGUCAUCAGUUUGGGCCGCGUAUAUCUUGGUAUGAUUCGUUGCGUAACCUCCGUAUGAGGGGAAAUCUUUUGCCUUCCUUUCUAUAUAACAGGGUGCAAGGGUACCAAAACAGAUCUGCAUCCCUUUAUUAGUAUUGUAAUACAAGAAGAUAUCAAAAUCUUGCUUUAUAUAUUAUAACAAUACAAUUACUUUUGCAUCAAAUCAGAAUGUUCCCGACAAAAAAAAGUCUGGCAAAGUG